UCGAAGUAACCUGUUUUAAUUUUUAAAUUUUUUGAUAAGAUUUAAAACAAAAUUAUUUAUUUAGUAUUUCAAAUUACAUAUUAUUAAUGGCCCAGUUUUCACAAAAAAUUAAAGCUUUUCUGAAUCAGAGAUCAGUUAAAUAUGGCCUCCCAUUUCUUGUGCUGGUUGUUGGGGGUUCUUUUGGACUGAAGGAGUUCGCCCAGCUUAGGUAUCAAUUUUCAAAAGUAUCAAAAGUGAGGCCCGAAGAAUUCGAAAAAUAUGGUAUUGAAAUGAAAAAACCCGGAGAAGUAACCAUUGAAACAGAAUUCGAAAAAAUGAAAAAACUAGAUAUUGAUAACUGGGAGCAGGUUAGAGGGCCCAGGCCGUGGGAAGAGAAGAAUGAAAAUUAGGAACAAGUUUUUAUCAUUGUAGUAUAGACGUUGUCUUCUGUGAUACAAAAAACAAUUCACUAAUGUAAUCAUUAAAGCAUUAGUGAUUGAAAUUUGUGCCUGUGAUUUAAAAACACCUUGUGGUGUUAAGAAAGUAAAUAUUUUGAAUUGAA